GGCUUUCUUGCUAUUAGUAGCUCAGCACUCGAUAAUAAUUUAUGCAGGGGGCCUUCUCUCAUUCAUUCUUCAAGUUCUUGUCAAUUUCAAGACAUCUGCAUUAGCUUGCAGUCGUGAGGUCGAUCAGUCGCCUUUCAAGCUCCAAAGAUGCUGCGCACACUUAGCCAAGAGAGAGCUGGUGCCAGCAGCACUUGAGAAGAACAUUGGCCAUGGAGGAAUCAACCGAAUUGGUGCUGAGUGACGUGCAUGUGGGGUCCGAUCCUGAGCAGCGGACUGGCAGCACCUGCUUCUGGAUACGACCGCCGGGGGUGCUUGAUGACACAGCAGUGGAGAAGGCUUCGACAGCAAAUGCAGGAGGAAGUGCUGAGGGUUGGGAAGCAAAUGAAUGGGACGACCGCCAGCUGGCAAGAAAGUUCCAUGGUGAAGCUGAGCCCAGCUUGACUGCAGUUGCAACUGACGAGACAGGGGACUUGGUUGUUCCAAGAGAGCGGAAGCGGCUAGAGGCCUCAGAGGUGGAAGACACAGGAUCAAAUCGCGUGCUUAUCCACCAUUCGCUGGCCACCUCCCUGCCAGACGUUGGGCUGCAAGUUUGGCGCGGCGCGCUUCUCUUAGCGGACUACAUCCUCCAUCAAGAGGCCACAACGGGAUGCUUUCGAGGCGUGACAGCUUUGGAGCUAGGGGCAGGCACAGGUCUUGCAGGCAUCAUCAUGGCCCGCAGUGCGAGGAAAGUGUACGUCACAGACAGGGGCGAGAACGUGCUGGACACGUGCCUUCGGAAUGUCAUCAGCAACUCAACGUUCGCUCCCACGAGCGGCUGCCAUGUGGCAGUCAGGGAGCUCGACUGGUGCCACUUUCCACAGAGUGCCUCGAGGGAGGCGAACGGCGGAGGCCGACUCUCUAGGCCUGACAGUCCUGGGGGCGGGUCCUCGGGGGACUACGGCUGGAGCCCGGAGGAGCUGGAGGACCUGGGCCACGUGUCCGUGCUGCUGGCUGCUGACGUCAUCUACGACGACACCCUGACGGACGCCCUGUUCGGGUGUGUGGAGCGACUGAUGGCCGUAGGGACACCAAAGACGCUGUACUUGGCCCUCGAGAAGCGCUACAACUUCUCGCUCAACGACAGGGCCGUGGUCGCCAACGGGUGUCGCAAAUUCCGGGCCAAGUUCGAUGACGUCAGCGGCGCCGGAUCUGGUGACGUCAUCCGCUCCGUGAUUGCUUCAGACAGCACUUCAGAGCCCCACAGGACAGGACCUGCCCGGCUACGAGGCAGACUGAUCGAUAUCGAGGGGAUUCCGCAGUACCUUCAUCCGUAUGAGCGAGGAAAGGACUUGGAGUUGUGGAUGCUCUUCAGAUAACGAGUGUCGGCCGCUGUCUUUCGAGGGCGGCAAGCGGCUUUGAAUUUAGCCGGGUAGUGCAACAAGCGAUGUCACCUAAAUUCAUGGUGUCUGCUGGCGGUAACUUGAUUAUCAGCGACCAUACCUUGUGCACUUUCUAACGGGCGUGGGCCAUGUGGGAACUACGGCAAAGCACAACUACAUUGGAUGCUAACCGCGUUCCAAUCAACCUUGGAUCCGCUUCUGGCAGGUUGGAAAUUCUAUGUGUUUGUAGUUUUUCGAUCUCUUCCAUUGGGC